AUGGAUCUGUCGCUUUUCCAGCAAGGCGGCAACGGCCAACACGGCCGCUCCGUAGCUGUCGGACGCGGCAAUGCCUCGUCGGCCUUGACCCCCAGCUCCGUGUCCAAUGCCUCCAUCGCGUCGCCCGGAUCCGUGUCCGGGAGCCUUCGUCUGCCGGGCAUCGGCGGCGGCGGCCCCGGAGGCCUGGGUGGGCUCGACUAUCGCGGCAUUGUCUCUCAUGAUCAUGAUGUCGAGUCGCCGCUGCCCGAGACUCAUGCGAGUGGGCCACCAAAGAAGAAGCAGAAGCGAAACAAGCCCACGCUGUCAUGCCACGAGUGUGUUGAACGAAAGACAAAGUGCGAUCGUGGUCGACCACAUUGUCUUGCAUGCAUCAAGCGGCAAACUGAGUGCAUAUAUGCCCAUGUUGCCAACGUAAUUGAGGAGACGUCGAGGUCGGCUGCCAACGGGCGCCGCAUGACCAAGCCUCCAAAGAAAAAGCCCGGGUCUUUUGGAAAGCUCCCGGUGCCCAACAUUGCGGACAGGAACGCCAACAGUACUGAUGACACUCCGUCGAGAGGUGCUAUCGCUCUCUCCAUCGGCUUGCUAUCAAAUGUUCCGUACUCUGUGGCCACUGCAAGCAACGUGUUUGGAAUAGGCUCGGAACAUCCGUUUGCAAAUUACUGGACUUGCGAAGGAGGUCUACCCGAAGUCAUAUCCGUACUCCCCGAGAAGCUCCAGGCCGACAUCCUGCUUUCUCGGUAUUUCGAAUGCGUCGACCCGGUGUACCCCAUGAUCCAUCGCCAGACAUUUUAUGCCGACUAUGAGCAUUUUUGGCAGAUGAGCAUCCCAGAGAAGAAUCAGGUUGAUGCCGCCUUUAUCGCUCAAAUCUUUGUCAUGCUGGCUUUGGGCACCCAAUUUGUCACGUCAACGACAGCACAGGAGAGGAAACAGACGGCUGAGUUUUAUGCUUCAGCUAGCAACCAAGCUUUGAGAAUGUUCUCCUAUCUCAGCACAGCAUCAAUCCGUUCCAUUCAGGCCAUGGUUUUGAUGACUUAUUUUCUCAUCAACGACAACCAUGCUUCAGACGGCUGGGCAUUUGCUGGAAUACUGAUACGACAAGCGUAUGCCAUGGGUUUGCAUCGUGACCCCAACAUUGUUACACCGGAUGCUAGUCCAUUUGAAAAGCAGCAGAGACGCAAGGUCUGGCAAGCGGUCUUACUGCAGGACACGUUCCUCACAGUACUUUUGUCCCUGCCGCCAUCUGCAACGCACACCGACGUGUCAGUCGAUGACUUGCUCGAUCAUGGAUCCUCCAUUGCAAGCAGCGAUCCAACAGACAACGCCUACAUCCGGGGCUCCUGGACGCUGGCGAACCUAGUGCAGGAAACGAUAUGUUCCCCACGUUCUCUUGAUGUGCCCAUUUGUGCGACGGCGCGACACAAGUCAAAGCUGAUUGCCGACUUCCGAGCGGUGUAUCGGUCAUUUCCGGAUGUUUUCCGCUCGUGGGACACUGAGAGCUUGACGGCGUUGGCCGGGACAAACAAAAGAGUCGUGCGUCAAACGCUGUUUCUCACGAGCAACUACUUUCACAAUCUCAUGUUGGUUCACGCAUCAGAAAGCCCGGACGUUCCGGUGAAUGUGCGGGGCACGCUGGAGGCUGCUCACGAUGCCAUCGGGGCCUUCUUCUUGCUAUUCAACUUGCUGGAGAGCGAGGCUCGCGUCUGGUGGGUCUUUAAUCACAGGGCUUUUCUUGAGGCUCUGUGUAUUGGCAACGUCCUGAGAGAAGCAUCCAAGGAGUCCCUGGGCAAGGAGCUACUGGCGAAGGACCCGUUGUUUGUUCGAGCCAAAGCAGACAUCACUCGAAUGAUUCAGAUCAUGCAGCAGAUGGCCGAGGACUCCGAGGUUGCCCGGACCAGGGUACAGGUGUUGAGCCAAUUUCUGCUCUAAUGCGUUAGGGGCCCCUAGUUUUACGGCAACUUUAUUGAGACGUCUUUUCUUUCUCGUUUUUGUAGAGCACGGUGUUGGAGGACACACUCAAGUCUGUUUUGGGUAAUUCGUUUGGCUAUGGAACAGUACUGUGCAUGUCUCGGGCUUUCCCCUACGACGGCGGAGUACUCGUACGUGUAUUUGCAUUUGCGACGGAGUGGAGUUACGAGGUACAAAAGAACGUGUUGAAUAUCGAAUAGGUACGCGAAGGGUUGUAUUUGAAUCGGGCAGAAUUACGGAAUGCCUCAGCCGCAAGGGGAGGUGGGUUCUGCCACUGAUGGCAUGACAGCGGCUGGAGGUUCUGGAGUACUGGUACAUGGCACAGUUUAUAUCAUGUUCCAGGCCCCAUUCCAGCCGCUUCUGAGGUCGGCGACUGUUGGACCACAUGGCAGGCCUGCUGAGCCGAGCCUUUCUGGCUAGGAUCGGAAGGACAAGGUACCGUCUCCACAACAGAUCGGACAGGCUGUUUGCUGUGCCCUUUUGCUGUCUGGUCUUUGGUCUUUGGUCUUUGCCUGAGGGAAUUGUGGUGGCGGGUACGAGGGUUGACAUGACCAGUUUGCUUGGCCGGGAUACAACAAUCUGCAAGUACGUGGU